AUGUCUUUCUCAUUUUGGGCGUCGUUGCCUUUGUCUACCUUCGAUUGCCUGAUCCUCAUCACUGGCCUGUGUGCACUCAGUGCGCUGAGCCACAAAGUAUGGAGUCUCUACAACAUCCAACUCGACCCAAUGGAGCCUCCUCUCGUACAGCCUCGCGUUCCGUUCUUUGGACAUAUCAUGGGCCUCAUGUGGUAUAAUCACGAAUAUCUUGCCAUGAUAUGGUACGUUGCCCUUUACAGAUAUCUUUCGAAGCUAAUUGCCAUCCACAGUCAAAGGACAGGCCAGCCGAUCUGUACAAUACCAAUGCUUCAUCGUAAAGCGUACGUUCUGGGAUCGCCCUCAACGGUACAGGCCGCGUUUAGAAGCAAGGCCAUCAGCUUCGCACCUUUCGCUGUGGAUUUCGUUAGCCGUAUGGACGUCCUGUCGCCAGAAGCCAAGAAGGCAUACGCGGAAGGACUGCACGAAGCUGUCAUUCAGACCUUCAGUUCCACCAUGAGUGGCUCAAGCCUGAGAAGGAUGAAUGCCGUGGCACUGCAAGAGGUCGCACGGCUGCUGCCAGAUCCUUUUGCCGCAAGCGCAGAUCGGCUGUCGAAUGCAUUAGAGGUGCAAGAUAUCUGGUCAUGGCUCAGAAGCGUCAUGACCAUCUCUACGACCUCGUCUCUCUUUGGAGAACAGAACAAUCCGUGGGUGAAAGAUCCGUCUCUAGUAGAGACUUAUUGGUAGGAUUUCGCCUUGGCACUCAUCUUCGUCUUUCAGAUAUCUAACCGUGCUACAGGGGAUUCGAGGCCGGCGAUAUUACUGGACGGGCACCACUGACCGAUCUGACCGACCUUCGCUCCCAAAAGGACCACGCCAAAUUGGUGGCCGUCCUUCGGGACUACUUUGCUUCUAGGGCAGACGAGGAUAGCAAUGUUGGGUUGACGACAAGUGCGCUGGCAAAAGUCCAAAGAGAGGCGGGAUACACACCGGUUGGAUUGGGUGCGACUUAUGUUGUCAUACUGCACGGAGCGUUGGCCAACAUGGUUCCGACAAUGUUCUGGACUGUAAUGUAUGCCUUCACCCAACCGAGGCUCAUCGCACGACUCAGAGCAGAGCUGGCCCAGGCAGGCAUUGUGAUUGAAGCUACCAGACCUGAUGGCAUGCGGGAGUGUCGCAUCCGGGUUGGUGAAAUUGAAAAGACAUGCCCACUGUUGCUCUCAGCACUUCGGGAAACUCAGCGUCUAGUCUCCAUUGGAACGCUCCAUCGUCGGGUCCUAGCGGACACAGUCAUCUACGAUGACGCCAAGGAUGGUGAAGCACGUCGCACCUAUCUUCUCAAGAAGGGUACAGCCAUGUUACUUUCCAUCAAAUGGAAUCACCGAGACCCUGAGAUUUGGGGCCCUCACGUUGAUGAGUUCGAUACAAACAGGUUCUACAGGGACAAAUCUCGAACGCAGGACCCAGUCACAGCUCAAGAAGACUGGAGAAAUGGGGACGCGGAUCUCGGCGGUGAUGCGAUGCGUCAGCGCAAAAAGGCAUAUCUACCUUUUGGAGGCGGCAAAGAGCUUUGUCCUGGCCGCAGCUUCGCGACCAGCGAAAUUUUGGGCACGAUGGUCCUACUCAUUCUCGGGUACGACAUCACUGGAGCUGAUGGACUUGCCCUCAAGUUGCCAGAAUACGCGCCGCCCAAGAUGACACAGACCACCGCUCGGCCCCACCCGAGUGCAGAUCUGAGAGCUCGCGUCCGACGGCGAGAAGGCUGGGAAGACGUUUUCUGGAGCGCCCACGUGGACGCUCCAGAUAAGUUAGACCUCGCGACCGCUGAGGCCAUAGUCAAGUAA